AUGGAUCCUUCUUCGGGUUCCGGGUUGGGCCGGAGGAUAGGAACAAGGCUGGACUCAAACGGGAUCAGCUCGAGGUACAGUAAAGACGAGGCCGGCCUGGCGGUGAGGCUGAGCGGACUGGACCCAGUUGGCGAUAUGAAGAAAAUGAUCAGGUUUUUUAUUCUCAUUUCCUUGUUGAUUCAUGUAUCUUCAAAACCAGCAAGCACCAAGAAAUGGCUAACUCUAAAUGGCCGGCCACCUACUAUAAUGGCAAGAGGAGGGCUUUCAGGGGUUUUCCCUGAAUCAUCUUUCUUGGCAAUUCAAAUGGCAAUGGAUUUUGGGACAAAAGGGACAGUUUUGUACUGCAAUUUACAAUUAACAAAAGAUGGGGUUGGAUUAUGCCAAGAAGACAUGAAUCUUCAAGUUUCAACAAAUAUAGAUAUGAAGUUUCCAAAUGAUGAAAAAACCUAUAAAAUUAAUGGCAAGGAUGUGAAAGGCUGGUUUGCUGUGGAUUAUACAAUUGAUGAUAUGCUCAAAGCCAAUGUAACAGGUAAAAGUUUGUUUAAUGUUUUGGUCUAUUCAGGGAUGCAAACUGUAUUAAAUCGGCCGGAUUUUCUUGACGAUAUGUUUCCCCUUCUCACCGUUGAAGAAAUUUUCCAAAAUGACUUCUCUUCAUUUUGGUUGAAUGUUCAGUUCAAUAUGCAGAAUGCUGCGUUCUAUUCACAACAAAAACUAAAUCUGGCAUCAUAUAUUCAAGGGGAAAAAUCAUUUCGGAAGGUCAAGUACAUAUCUUGUGCAGAGAUAGAUUUCUUGAAGACAAUGAAUGGGAAAGUGAACAAGGUCAGGACUCAACUUAUCUUUGUUUUCCGGGGAAAAGAUGAAAUUGAACCCUCAACAAACCAAACAUAUGGUUCAAUAUUGGAAAAUCUUGCUUCAGUCAAGGCAUUUGCAUCUGGGAUUGUUGUCCCAAAAGAUUACAUUUGGCCUGUAAACAAAGCCAAGUAUUUGGAGGAUCCCACUACUCUUGUCCCUGAUGCUCAUGAACUGGGUCUACAAGUCUAUGCUACUGGCUUUGCUAAUGACUUUCUCAACGUCUUUAAUUAUUCUUAUGAUCCUAUAGCCGAGUACUUGAAUUUCAUUGAUGCUCCCCAGUUUUCUGUUGAUGGAGUGAUUACAGAUUUCGCUAACACAGCAGCAUCAGCUAUUGGUAAUGUAUUAUCACCAUGUCUCUAUAUUCAUCUGUCAUUUUCUUACCAAUAUGCAUCUAAUUUAAACAAAAGGGUUGUAAGAAAACAACUCGAUAUAAUGCUUUGCAACCUACAGAGAUAUAAACCUUUGAUCAUAUCACAUAAUGGAGCGAGUGGAAUUUACUCUAACUGCACAGAUCUUGCUUAUGAAGAAGCAUUAACCGAUGGAGCUGACAUAAUAGAUUGCAAAGUUCAAAUGACAAAGGAUGGGAUGGCAUUUUGUAUGGGUUCUGCAGAUCUUGCAGGAGAAACUACCGCAGUGGCUACCUUCCAAACGCGAGUUGCCACCAUCCCAGAAAUUCAAGUCCGUCCUGGAAUCUUUUCUUUUGACCUCACAUGGAGUGAAGUUCAGACAUUGAAACCUCAAUUGGGAAGCCCUUUUGGAAUGCAACAAAAAUAUCCAAGAAAUCCUGCAUACAAGAACGCAGGUAAAUUGGUGACUCUGGGUCAGUUUCUGGAAUUAGCGAAAACCAAGGCAGCAUAUGGAAUAUUAAUCAACAUAGAGAAUGCUGCUUACCUAGCUGCAAAGAAGGGUCUUGAUAUAAUCGGCGCCGUUAACGCUGCCUUGAGCAAAGCCUCUUUGGACAAGGAGUCAACACUACAAGUCCUAAUCCAAUCAGAUGACACUUCAGUAUUGUCCAAAUUUAAGACUGUCCCCUCAUACCAAAGAGUGUUUGCCAUUACAAACGACAUAGGUGAUGCACCCAUGCAGUCUAUAGAUGAAAUCAAGAAGUUUGCUGAUGCAGUUAAUAUCCUUAGACAAUCCGUCAUUGUAGUAAACCAAGGUGGUACUAGAACGCAAGGCCUUAUUAAAUCUGUAACCAAUGUUGUAGAAGAACUGAAAAGAGCAAAUCUAACAGUAUACAUCUCAGUCAUGAGAAAUGAAUUCUUUUCUCUUGCAUUUGAUUAUAUGGCUGAUCCUACAGUAGAAAUUGCUACAUUUGCUGAAUUCAACAUGGAUGGGCUUGUAAGCGAGUACCCAGCAACUGUAAACAGAUAUUUCAAGUUUUUUUUUUUCUUUGUAGGAAUCAGAGUUUUAAUCUAUCCAACAGAUAACAAUGGUUUUUGCUUUGGUCUUGCAGCUAAUGUAUGUUCAGAUCUCGACACUACUCCCUACGUAAUAGCGAUUCAACCACCAUAUCUAAUUCAGCUCCUUGGUAACAUACCAGGACCAGCAAGUGCUCCUAAUCCGCCUCUGAAACCUGCAGAUGUUGUUGACCCAGCAUUACCACCAGUAGCCAAAAUCACCGACGCUGAUAGCACCCCUGCUGCUCCAGGCAGUGAUAAAAAAUCUUCAAGUGCUCUACUAAAUGCAGAUGUUUUGGGUUCUUUUCUGGUGGCAAGUUUGGUGUUAGGCUUUCUCUGUAAAGGAUAUUAA